AUGGAAGUUGAGUUGUCUGCAAUCGAAAGAAAUAAAACAUGGGAGCUAGUCAGACUGCCACCUGGCCGAAGACCCAUCGGUCUCAAAUGGGUAUAUAAGCUGAAACGAGAUCCCGAUGGUAAUGUGCUGAAACAUAUGGCCAGAAUACUUCUGGCUUUAGCAGGGAUUAAUGGCUGGCACGUUCAUCACCUGGACGUGAAAUCAGCAUUUUUACACGGCAAGUUGGAGGAAGAGGUAUAUGUAACACAGCCUGAGGGAUUCGUGCAGAAAAACAAAUCUGGAUUGGUGUACAAGCUGUCUAAAGCCUUGUAUGGUCUUCGUCAAGCCCCCCGGGCAUGGAAUGCACGCCUUGAUAAACAUUUGAAGCUAAUUGGGUUCGUAAGAUGCGCCCAUGAGUAUGUAGUAUACAUUAGGAAAACCAACAGCAGCCUAUUGAUUGUAGGCACCUACGUUGAUGACCUUAUUGUUACUGGAACAAGCAAGAAGGAAAUUGAUUUGUUUAAGAAGGAAAUGAAUCAAGAGUUUGAAAUGAGUGAUAUGGGGUUGCUGACAUAUUAUUUGGGUAUUGAAGUCUCACAAAAGGAGCAUGGAAUAACCUUGAAACAAACAGGUUAUGCAAAGAAACUACUAGAAAAGACCGGUAUGCUGGAAUGCAAUCCUACAGAGACCCCAAUGGAGCACAAUCUCGAACUCACCAAGGAUGAAAGUGGAAAACCGGUGGAUGCUACUGAAUACCGAAGCAUAGUGGGUGGGCUAAGAUAUCUGUGCCACACACGGCCAGACAUCUCGUAUGCUGUUGGAGUUGUAAGUCGGUUCCUCGAGAGACCCACCGAACAACACAAUCAUGCUGUGAAAAGAAUACUAAGGUAUAUAAAAGGAACUCUCAACCUUGGUCUGGUAUACACACGAAGCAAAGAAAAAAUGCAAAUAGUAGCAUACUCUGACAACAAUCAUGCAAGAGACGUGAAUGACAGGCGAAGCACAGGUGGCAUGGUAUUUUACUUGAACAAAAAUCUGGUGACAUGGAACUCUCAGAAGCAACAGUGUGUUGCACUCUCGUCAUGCGAGGCGGAAUUCAUGGCUGUAAACUUGGCAACAUGCCAAGGCAUAUGGGUCCGAAGACUUGUUCAAGAAAUUACAGGUGAAAAGUUGGGUCCAGUAACAAUACUCAUCGACAACAAGUCAACACUGGAAUUAGUCAAGCAUCCGGUUUUCCAUGGACGUAGCAAGCACAUAGAUACUCGGUUUCAUUUCAUAAGAGAAUGCAUUGUAACGUCUUUGUUUUUGAAGCAGUGA